UAUAAUUAUAGUAAAAGCACUAUUCAUGAAACAGUUCCGAUGUUGUUUGCUGGGCCUCGUAGCACUUUUUAUGCCAAUUUCUGCAUUACCAACUACGUUUAGUCACAACCAACCAUAUCUUGUUGAUAUGCAUCAAUAUUCACAACUUUACUCAACUCAUUUGAUAUUCGACCAUUUAGAUAGUACUCUCUCCAAUCUCUCGAAGCGAAUAUCCCAACAUUUUCAAAAUCUUAUUCAAGUAACUAUGGAACCAUUGAGUCCGAAAGAUGAUUUUGUGGUCGAUGUGGACUUAUUAAAAGGUCAAUUGCAGGGCGCAGUUGGUUCUUUUGUUGAAGACUCUUUACCUAGCAUUUGGAAUACACGUGCAGCUGUCAUCGACAAGAACUUUCUAGCCAACCACAUAGGAUACGUUACCACUCAGUACUGCUCUCCUCACAACGACAAUUACCUGAAUACGUGUGUUAUUGGUCACUCACAAGAAAUCAUAUACCAAGUAGACCAAUACAUUCAGCGUCAACUAAAAAGUAUUGUGCGUGUCAUUGUGACACAGGAUUUGCCGCCUUUAUUCCAAACAACACAAAGUCAUGUCAAUGGCAUCUUAGCUCAUUUUAACCAUUAUAUCGUGCAAAAUAACAUCUCGCGCAGUGCUUAUAUCGUCCAUAAACAGUUUGAAGAGCCAAAUGAACUGAUUUCUGAUUUAGAAAAAGCAGUGAAUCAAUAUCAUCCUCAUUCGUCAUUUGAAGAAUUCAUGACAUUGGCCAAGGUUGAUCAAUCAUAAUAUUUGCACAUAGAUACUUAUAUAUAUACAUAUACACCACAUACACCAUAUACACCAUAUACAUAAUGUAAUUCACAUUAAUAUCCUCUCCCUCUUUCUUACAACUGUAUAGACCUCGUUUAAUAAUAAACAUAUUACAAGCUAGA